UCCUCAGGGAGUAGCUGCUUGUGUUGGCAAGGUCUUGGUGUAGGUCUCUGGGAGAUGGCGUCAGUGUGAGCCCUGAGGUGGCCCCUACCCGCCGGCAGGGGGCUUUCCGGAGAGGCGUCACACCUUCCUGGCCUCCGGAGGGAAGGAAGCGAAACUUUCUUCUCUCUCUCCGCGGGCCCGCCUGGACGCCGCUCCGGAAACCGGGGGUUCCAACCGGCUCUAGCGGCUGGGAGAGGGAGAGCGGAGGGGGCCUGCCCGGAGGGUAAGGCACCAUCCCCGCCCGCCCGGAAAUAGCCGGCUAAAGUCUUGUAUAGAGAGCCUGGCCCCAGUCCUUAUAUGGGCAGACGGAAGCGGCUAGCGCGCAUGCCCUACGUCAUUACUUCCAAAUUUAGUUGUGGAAGUCUGGCAGAUCUAGUGGCGGGAAGGUUCGCGCACCAGUGCGGGGGUGUGUGUGGGGGGGGGGGAAAAGCCUCCCCUUAAAGGGCCCGCACCACGAAUGAAUGGAGCUGUUCGAACAAUUCUGCAUUUUCUGAGGAACUGGAAUUAGGUUUUCUUGGAACUGUAGUGCGUAGCGGAAGGUGGGGCCGAUGUUUUCUGUCUAUCUGCUCUGUCUCUGCGUUGCUCAGUUUCUAGGUCCUAUCCCAACUCCGCCUCCCGGGAAGCAGAGGCGGAGCACGGCUGCGUCGUUUGGGGGACCGCAGCCACAUGUUCACUCGGGCUGUGUUGCGGCCGGGUCCUCCGCCUUACGAGCGCCACACCCACGGUGGAUUUCGUGCCGACGGAAACUGGGGUGGGGGGGCGCGGAAUGCUCAAAGCGGAGCGCGGAGAUGGCAGCCUGGGCUGCGCUUGUGUCUGCAGACGUCCGCCGGCCGUGUAGUGGGCAACUUUGCCCUAGAGCCAGCCAGCGUGUCCCGCUUUCUUACCGCUUCCAAACGAGGGGAAGACGGGGGGGCGGACGGGGGCUGGCAGACGCUGGAGAGACCGGAGAGCUUCAGGUUACACUGGUCCCCUUUCACCGCCGUGGCUCAUUUAUUCGUUUAGCAAAUAUUGGACGAAUCAUUCUGCCUCGGUUUCCUCACCUGAAGGAAUAAGAUAUAACUACCCUCCGCGGAGUGGAGGUGAGAGAUCAAUGAGAUGUUUAUGAAAGGAAAGCCUUUAGCGCCUGGCACGUAGUUAAGAGCUUAGUAAGUGUAAGCAUCGUCAUUGAUUAAAAAAACAAAAACAAGACAUUAAUUAGGCGCCUGGUAGAUGCUAGGCACAGUUCCCACGGGGGAUGUACCGGUUAGAACCCAAGUCUUCCCGGGCGCGAAGGGAAACGUGCCACGUACGACCCGCAGGGGUCUCCAGACGCAACCCGUGGGUAGACCCUGAGCCCCACCCACGGCCCCUCUCCCCUGGGCCCGCGCGCGGAUGCAGUGGGGGGCCCUGAGGAAGCAGGCCGCCCCGAGAGCUCAGCUUGGACUGGGGAACGCUCCUCCUCACACGAGUUCGGGUCCCUUUUCUUUGCUCGGUAAAUUCCACCCUGUCGCUUUAAGGAGUCUCUCGGCGCGGAGCUGUGGAAAGCCCGGAUGCGGCUUUCUGAUUGGGCGGGGCGUCUCAGUGACUUCACUUGGGGUACAAAAGGGCCCGGGUGGCGGGCGCCGGGGCAGAGCGUCCUGGCAGCGUCUCAUCGUGGGUUGGCCCGUAGAGAGAGGCGUGAACGGGCGCCUUGUUCAGCGUGCACCUGCCACCUGCCCUGCCCAGCCCAGCCGGGAGUCUCCGCCGCCUUCGCCCCUCCGUCAAGCAGCUAUGGAAGUGCAGAAAGAGGCGCAACGCAUCAUGACCCUGUCGGUGUGGAAGAUGUACCAUUCGCGCAUGCAGCGCGGUGGCCUGCGGCUGCACCGGAGUCUGCAGCUGUCGCUGGUCAUGCGCAGCGCCCGGGACCUCUACCUCUCAGCCAAGGUGGAAGCCCAGGAGCCCGAGGUGACCUUGCCGCCCGCCCGCUCCCCUGACCCUUGCCUGCACCCGCGGCGGGAAGCGGAAGCCGCAGCAGAGGCAGCGCCCUCCGACGGUGAGCAGCCCUCUCCGGAACCCAUGGACACGCAGGAGGCACCGAGAGCGGAGGAGACCCCUGCCCGCUGUGCCCAGCGCCCCGCCAAAGUCAGCCGCAAGCGGCGGAGCUGCAGCCUGAGCGACGGUGGGGACGCCGCACUGGUCCCGAGUAAGAAAGCCCGCCUAGAAGAAGAAGAGGAGGAGGAAAGGGUUUCUUCGGACGUCCUUGAUCGCCUGCAGCCCCCUCCGGCGCAAGCGGAGGGCGCCUUUCCCAACCUGGCGCGUGUCCUGCAGAGGCGCUUCUCCGGCCUCCUGAACUGCAGCCCCGCCGCGCCCCCGACGGCGCCGCCGGCGUGUGAGGCGAAGCCGGCUUGCCGCCCGGCGGACAAUAUGCUGAACGUACUGGUGCGGGCCGUGGUGGCCUUCUGAGGGUCCGUGAGCGGCUACCAGAUCCCAGAGCGCGGGCCGAACCGUCGGCCAGAGUGCGCAGACCCGAGGCGAGGCCCACCCCCGGGGGAGCGCCCGCGGAAACCGUGGAGAGGAGCAGCCGGCCGGGCUGCCGAGAUGCCCUGAGAGGGACUCUACCUACGGGGUGCCGUCGCCACCUGUGUGCAGCGGCGAUACCGAGAAACCUGAGCCGGGGGCGCGGGCGCCUUCCCCCAGACCUGCUGCGCCCACAGGUGCUGUCUUAACGGACUGGGAUGUGGACCUUACCCUCUCCUUCUGGGACUUGGAGAAGGGAGCUUUGGUUCUUUAAACUCCUCAGGGUCGUACUUUAUUUUUUACUGGGGGCUGUGCUGCCCUUUCAAGGUUUUUCAAUAGUUGGUGUUUGCGUUUCCAACCUCAGAGAAUUCCAGGCACUCCCCUUCCCCCUCCAGUGACAUACUUGUGCAAGCGGUCAUCGUUGCGUCAUGGGCAGACGUGGGGAGCUUCCUGUUGCCUUGCGUGGGUGUGAGGCCUGGGAGGAGGAUCUGGGGUGUGGACGCCCAGGGGAAUGGGAGGAGGGCGGCCUGAGUCACUUUGCCUCCGCGUGUUGUGGGUUAUUGCCCCGAGCCCCGACGCCUUCGGGGGCAGAGGGCAGAUCUAAUUUCAGGUUAAAAUUUUUCUCAUCUGGUGUGUUAGAGGUGGGAAUAUGUUGACAGCCUCAAGCUUGAUCCUCCCUCAGACCAACAGACAAAAUCAACCCAGACGUUCCUGGUCUGAAUCACAGAAAUGGGGGGAGGGAGUUGUUCAGAGCGCUGUAAAGCUGAGCUGGGAUCAGUUGCUGGUGAGACUGGGCCAGUUUGGGGGGAGGGGGGUUCUGUUUACCUUUACUGUGGUGGAUUCUGUUAACUCCAUCUGUCUGGCCUUUUUGCUAGAAACGCCAGAUAGGAAAAUAAAGACCAUUUGAAGAAAAA